AUGUUGCACAGCACGGCGUAUUGGAGAAGACAAGAGGGCCACCAGGAGGUAAUAUGGCACGCGGUUGCUUUCCAUCUCCGUUCUGAGCUCAUGCUGUUUUUGAGGCACAGUCUGACCAGAGCCGGCCACCGCGUGCAAGAAGGUGAGCAGUGGCAGCGGGCUCCACGCCUCUUGAGCGAGACGCGGGAGGCCAAGUUGGAGCCCGAAUCCACGUGUCUUCUCUCGUCUGCUACAAUGCUGCGAUCAGCGCGUGCGAGAAAGGCAGACGCUGGCAUGAUGCUCUUACUGUGCUUAGUGAGAUAA